AUGUGCCAGAGCCAGAACAUCGUCAACAACAUGAACAUCAAAUCGAACAAGAAAUCCUACAGCGUGAAGAAGCUGCUGCAGAAGAUCUUUAAACAGCAUCAGCAACAGGUCGAGGAGCAGCAGAACAUGCAAAACACACACAAGGCCAACUCGUUGGAAUCGCUGGAGUCCAUUGAGAACAGCCGCAAUGCCGAUCUUGAGUCCAUCGCCAACAAAUCCUGCGCCGCCUCGCUGGAAUCCUAUGAGAACGAAGCCAAUGAGCGUCUCUCCGCUUCCUGCGAAAUGGAGGACUACGAACUCGAACAAAUGCCUACUGUGCCAGUACACUUUGUGCGCACCGCUCAUGGCACCUUCUUCUGGACCGCCGCCUCCGAUCUGCCCGCCGACAACGAUCUCGUCGAGCCACUGUACUGCAGCACCGCCAACGAAAUAGCCGUCGCUCAGUUCCAGGAUCGUUGGGUGCAAGCCUAA